GCGGCUGCGUCAUCUCGCGUAUGCGUAUCGUCUGUAAGAGUUCAACCUGUGGAAUGAGUUUUCAAAGCCACUUGCGGUGUCAAGGUGUCAUUUGCAUAGUUGCGCGUCUGCCUGCUCGCUCGUCUAUUCUUCAAUUAAUCCAAUCGCAGAAUAUUUGAUUACAUAAUUUCUGUAAAACUGUGUAGAAGGUGCAGUGGUCGACACUCAUGUCUCUAUAUUCGUUUAAAGUGUGAAGUGGGCAGCCACGUGGGUGGGAGACCAGAUCAGCAGCUCAGUAUUAAACCGACCGGCGAUGAGAACAGUCAGCAUUUUCAAUUUACCAGAAUUGUCACGUUAAAAACAUUCGAAAAUUGUCACUGAUGAAAAAAGUGUUGCAGAAGAGCUCGACAUUAUUCAACGCCAAUGCCAGAUGUGUCUACCGACAGAAAUGGAUCAUUGCAGGAAUAAUAUUGCUGGUUAUUUCGAUCAUCAUUUUGAUAAAGAAUAUAAAGCGUAAUCCACCGAGGGAUAUUUACCGCUACGAUGUGUCGCCUCAGGUCUACAGUUAUGUUACGCGCAAGUGGUUCAAUAACACUGGAGCUGAGCAAUGGUACAAUAGUGACACUGUCACCAUGUUUGAUGAACGUCUGUUAGACGUUCUACGUGAGCAUUGGAUAACUAAAGGAAUUGAUGACACUGUGCACAUUCCUUAUAUGGGUUAUCGAGAGACUAAUGAGGAAGAUCCGUCGAUGGGUCAGGCUCGAGUAAUUAGAAAUUACUUCAAAAAUAAGCCAAAUGGAUUCUUUAUUGAAUGCGGUGCUUACGAUGGCGAGACUCGCAGCAAUACCUGGGUUUUAGAGAAACAACUCAAUUGGACGGGGAUUCUGAUCGAAGCUGAUCCCAUCAAUUUCACGAAAAUGUUGAAUAAAAAUAGAAACGCAUAUAUGUCACCGACUUGUCUCAGUAUCAAAAAGUUUCCCAUGAACGUGUCUUUCUUGAUGGCGAGAAAUAUCGGCAGAAUCCACGCACCACAUGAACAGGAUGGACUGAGUGUAACGAAUUCACCAGAUCGUGCGUAUGAAGGAGUCCAUGUGGGAGUUCAAUGCUUUCCUCUGGCUUCAUACAUUGCUGCACUUGGAAUCAAGACCGUGGACUACUUUAGUCUUGAUAUUGAGGGACAUGAACUAGAUGUCCUUAAAACAAUUCCAUUCGACAGAGUUGACAUAACGACUCUGUCCGUUGAAUUCACUCAUGUGGAAGGAGGUCAAGAAAGAUUGAUAAAAUUCAUGGAAGAAAAAGGUUACACUGUACACGAUCUAGUUACAAAUGAAGAUAACUUAGCAAAUGACGUAAUUUUUGUUAAAAAAUCUCAUUAAGACUAUCAAUGAUAUUUACGUAAUUUAUUCAUUAGCCAAUAAGAUGUCUUGAAUAAAAUGGGAGUUUUUGUCCUGAAGUGUCGGGGUUCUGCGUAAAUUGUUAUUACGAGAGAAUAAAUUUUGUAGCUUCA